GGCGAUGUUGUUUGUGCCGUUGUUUCAUUGUUGUUUCGGUCGUCGCGUGUUCAUCUCUCUCUCGUGUCUUUUUCUUUUUCGGGGACCAUCACGCGCCCUCUUUGGUUUCACGUUUUCCACUCACGGGAGGAGAGAGCAUGGCAAUAUGUUCUAGUUAUUAAAUAUAUCCAAUUUUAUUUAUUUAUUUCACUGUGCUGGUGCGUGUGUGAUCAGUGUCUCGUGUGUGUGUGUGUGCCUAUGUAAAAUGUAGCAAAAUGCAGCGACGCCAGCAGAACAAGUACCAGCGGGAAUCUAACGACGAUUGCAGUGACAGCAAUAACAACAACAGCAGGAGCAGCAGAAACAACGGCUGUCAUCAGCGCCUCUUCCUGUGCUUUGCCAAGGCUGUGCAACAAUUCAUAGAUCUCUGCAACAAUCUUUGUGCCACAGCAGCAGCCACAGCAGCAGCAGCAGGGACUUUGACAGCAUCCACAUCCACGUUAUCAGCAGCCUCUGCUUCUGUCUCUGCCUCCUCCACAGCCUCCGCCAGCGGCACACAGCCGCCCCUGGCCUUUACAGCGCCACCAACGGAAGCUGCCACAGCAGGAGCGAUAGCAGGAGGAGGAGUAGGGCCAGUACCCAUCUUCAGGCGACACAUUUCACACACCACAGCCGUCAAGUUUUUGUACGCCCGUAAAUUCGAUAUACCACGAGCCGUGUCGCUCUACGAACAGCAUGAGCAGAUCCGCCAGAAGGAGUAUCUCUACAACAUCGAUCCGGAUGUGGAGCCGCUGCGCUCCGAGCUGCAGACUGGAAAAUUUACAAUCCUCCCCGCCCGGACCUCCAGCGGAGCGGCGAUUGCCUUGUUCACCGCCAAUCGACACAGUCCGUUGAGCGUGGGCCAUACGACGACGCUGCAGGGGAUCGUUUAUCAACUGGACAGCGCCCUGCAGGACACGGAGACGCAGCGUGCGGGACUGGUGUUUAUCUACGACAUGAGCGGCUCCAAGUAUUCAAACUUUGACUACGACCUCUCACAGAAGAUACUCACCCUGCUAAAGGGUGGCUAUCCGGCGCGUCUGAAGAAAGUCCUGAUCGUGACGGCGCCGCUGUGGUUCAAGGCCCCCUUCAAGAUCCUGCGCCUGUUCGUGCGCGAGAAGCUGCGCGAACGGGUGUUCACUGUAUCGGUGCCGCAGUUGGGCCUGCACGUGCCGCGCAAGGCGCUGCCCCUGCAUCUGGGCGGCACGCUGGAAAUCGAUCACGCCACAUGGUUGCUGAGUUGCCGCCAAUCGAUGACGAAUCGUGAGGACGAACUGCUUGCCAAUAUCACAGUGGGCACAGUCACUGGAGUCACCGGAGUCGCUGGAGUCACAGGUGCGGCAGCUGUGGCAGCAACCACCAAUGGCAGUAGCAGUGGCAGUGGCACCGGCAGUGGAACUGCUGCUGCUGCUGCAGCUGCAACCAUCAUAAGCGCCGUCCAUCAGCUGGCGGACAACAACACCACCGUGGUGACUGUCAGCAACGGUGAGGCCAGCAACGAUGCCACCUCUGGGGGCAGCAUAGAGCCCAACGAGAACAUCACAAUCAAUGGCCUGAGUCCCAGUCAUCGCGGCAGCGGCAGUGCUGCCACUGGUGGCGGUGGCAGUGCUGCCCCUGGCACAUCACCCCUCAAGCUCAACACCAGCGGCGUUCCCUUGGACGGCGGUGGCGUCCCCAAAGCCACCACAGGCUUGGGAGCCCCCACUGCGACAGGACCAGGAGCUGGCACUGUGGCAGGAUUGGCGGUACGGGCCACAGGCGGCGGCCCGGGUGCUGAGGCCACCAAUGGCGGAGAGUUCUGGUCGGAGAAUCCACCCAGCAGCGCCUCGUCGGGCUUCAGCGACGACGACAGUCUGGCCGGCCAGGAGGGCGAUCCCAAGCCCAUCGAGCAGAUUGUGCAGAUGGUGAUGCAGCGGGGACGCCACGGACUGGUGAAGGAGUAUACGGACAUUAGGAACAGGACGCCCGACGGCACGUUCCUACAUGCGCGAAUGCGCGCCAACCUGACCAAAAACCGAUACACAGAUGUCCUCUGCUUCGAUCACAGUCGAGUGGUGCUGGCACAGGAGGACGGCGUCGAGGAGCUGUCCGAUUACAUAAAUGCGAAUUUUGUCGAUGGCUACAAACAGAAGAAUGCAUAUAUUUCAACUCAAGGUCCAUUACCAAAGACAUCCCAUGACUUUUGGCGCAUGAUCUGGGAGCAACAUUGUUUAGUUAUAGUGAUGACAACGCGCGUGAUGGAGCGCGGGCGUGUGAAAUGCGGCCAGUACUGGGAGCCGACUGAAGAUAGUUCCUUAGAGUACGGCGACUUCCAUGUGCGAACAAUUAGCGUUGAGUGCAACGAGGACUAUACGGUUGCCUCGUUGGAAUUGAGAAACAUAAAGACUGACGAAAUUCGCAAUGUCUCACAUUGGCAGUUCACCAGCUGGCCGGAUUACGGUGUUCCCAGCUCGGCCAUGGCCGUGCUGAACUUUCUCCAGAAGGUGCGCGACAAGCAGGCGGAGCUCGUCGAAGCUUUGGGCGACACCUGGGCGGGACAUGCGCGCGGUCCACCAAUUGUGGUGCACUGCAGCGCCGGCAUCGGGCGUACAGGAACAUUCAUCACCUUGGACAUUUGCAUAUCGCGUCUAGAGGAUGUGGGAACGGCGGAUAUACGCGGCACCGUUGAGAAGAUACGCUCGCAGCGCGCCUACUCCAUCCAAAUGCCCGAUCAGUAUGUGUUCUGCCAUCUGGCCCUCAUCGAGUACGCCUACUCGCGCGGCAUGCUCCAGACGGUCGAUCUGGCAGGCUUCGAUGAGCGCGAACCGGACUCGGAGUAGAGGACGUCGCAGGUCCUCUUCGAGAAGGAGCAACAAAUAGCAAAUAGAGGGGGAGCAGGAGGAGUAUAGAUGAGAGGAACUAAGUAAAGAACGGAAUGGAGCCGAGCGGAACGGAACGGAACGACGGACAAACACACACACAUUGUAUACAGAUUAAUUUUAUGCUUAUAUUCUUCCAAAUUCGGAAUUGUAAUUAUUUUGUUCGUUCGUACUUCGAUGUUUGUCCUGAAAAUAUGUGAAAAUAGGAGAAAGGAUUGCAAGGAAGAGAGAGGAAGAGCGAAAGAGCGGAAGAGGAGUAGAAAGAGUAGAGUAACCAAUUUACGUUAAUGGACUAUAAUUUUUUUUUUAUUAUUAUUAUUGAAAUUAUUAUUAUUAUUAUGACAUACCAAUGCUAUAGCCGAUGUAUAGCGAAAACACACACACAUUUAUAAAUAUAUACAUACAUUAUUUAAAUUAAAUUUAAACUAAAUGAAAAUGAAACAACAAAUAGCUAAAAAUAAAGAAGAAACAAUUAUAAACUAAACAAAGAAAAAAACAGCAGCAUAAGCAAACGAAACAAAAACAAAAACCAAGAAAAUGAAUCAACAGGAAGGAGAAAUGUGAGAAGAGAAAGUUAACUAAACUGUGGAUCAGAUGCAAUGAGACGAAAUGAGAUGAGUGGAGAGGAGUGGUGUGAAGUGGAGUGGAGGCAUGCGAGAGAGUACAACGAAGGGAAGGCAAAGGACGCGAGUAGACCAGCCACCAUGCAAAGCAAAACCGUCCGGAGUAAAGGGCAAACGGAUAGUCAAUGCGGAAAUUGAAAUUUAAAUGGAAAUUGAAAUCGAAUCGGAGAGAAGAUAAAAGAGCGUGCUAACAAUUUCCUACAAUCAACUAUGAAGCACCCAAAGGAGCAGCAUAUAACUUAUACACACCUAUAUAGCAUACGGCAUAUGUACGAGUAUGUGCUUAGAUCUAUGUCCUAUACAGCAUAUACAUAGAUACGAUAUAUAUACGAUAUACACAUAUGUAUAGAGCAGAUUUAAGCAUUGUUGUACAAUGUUGUCGCAAACCCCAAGACCCAGAUGGCGCCAAAAGAAAACAGGAACGCAAUCCUCCAAUCCUCCUUUUCCCACAUACCCCCCUCCAGGUCCCCCAAAUAGCUGCUAAAUGUGUAUUCUUUUUCUAAUUUAAAAUUAAUUAUUUUUUACAACAAAACAUUUAUAUAAAAAGAAAAUUACAACUUAAAUUGUAAAUUACAGGCGAGUUUGUAGUGAAUUUUACUAAAAAAAAAAAAAAAAACAAUUUACCAACUAAAGAAAACACACACAAAAUAAGAGAGAAACACGUUUCGCAUAUGAACAAAAGAGCAGAAAAUAUAAAGAAUUUUGCCCAACUUUCCUACGCUUUUCAUAUGCCAAGUGGAUCCGCAAUCCGUGAUCCGUGAUCUGAAUCCGAUGAAAGUAAGAGCGGAGACGGAUGCGGAACAAUAUUGAAAUAAAGGGAAAAGAAACCAAAAACAUAUUUUGUAUUACUUUUUUAAAUAACAAACAAA